CGCAGCUAGCCACCACGUAGUGUGAGGAAGCCGCUUAGACCCAAAGACGGGAGGGCUUUUAACCAAACUCUACAUUCUGACAGCAGAGGUUUCCACCUCCGACAAAGAUGGCUGACACAAAGCGCCUUGCAUACUCCAUCAUUCAGUUUCUUCAUGACCAACUCAACUCUGGGAGCUUGUCGUCAGAUGCACAGGAAAGCUUAGAAGUUGCAAUCCAGUGUUUGGAAACAGCGUUCGGGGUCUCCACUGAAGACCAGAGCCUGGCAGUGCCACAGUCGUUGCCUGAGAUUUUUGCCUCAGCAACAGCCAAGUAUCCAGAUGCCCCCCAGGUGAAGGUGAGCCCUGUCCCCCAGCCCCCCACGGAGGGAGAGAUAGCAGAAGCUGAGAGGCUCAAAACUGAAGGCAACGAGCAGAUGAAGGUGGAAAACUUCCCUGCGGCUGUGGAGUUCUACACAAAAGCCAUUGAGAUAAACCCACAGAAUGCAGUUUACUUCUGUAACCGGGCUGCGGCGUACAGCAAAUUGGGUAAUUACGCCGGCGCCGUGCAGGACUGUGAGCGUGCAAUUGGAAUUGAUCCUGGCUACAGCAAAGCAUACGGCAGAAUGGGAUUGGCUUUGGCGAGCUUAAACAAACACACAGAGGCUGUUAAUUACUACAAAAAAGCCCUGGAGCUGGACCCAGAGAACGAGACGUACAGGUCCAACCUGAAAGUAGCGGAGCAAAAAAUGAAAGAGAUGCCCAGUCCGACUGGAGGAAUGGGGGGCGUGGAUCUGGCUGGGUUGCUAAGUAACCCUGGGUUCAUGAGCAUGGCAUCGAGUCUAAUGAACAACCCUCAAGUGCAGCAAAUGAUGUCUGGCAUGAUGUCGGGGGCAUACGGAUCCGUAGGGGCUGCAGGUGCUCCAGGAACAGGCGGCCCUAAUGACCUCUCCGGGCUCAUCCAAGCGGGACAGCAGUUUGCACAGCAGAUGCAGCAGCAGAACCCAGAGCUGAUCGAGCAGCUGAGGAGUCAAAUCCGUAGUCGACCGCCGAGCGCCAGUCACGAGGAGCAGCCAUGACCCUCUGAAUGAUGAAAGUUUGACAUGAAGAUAGGCUGCCCUUGUACAUUUUAAUCACUUUUGCAACUACAAGGAAACAGUGUUUUUUUUUUUUUGAACAAAAUACUUGCAUGUUUGGUCCCAUUUUUUUUCUUACCCGUAUUCAAAAUAAAAAGCAGGGGGGAAAAAAGUAACAGCCAGCAAGCGUGCAUCGAGGGCAAGCAGUUUAUACCGGGAUCAUCUGGGGAAGCCACCUUUUUGGACUCUGGCACACUUCACCUCAGCUGUUGUAGCGCACAGUUUAAGCGUUAUGUGUGUAACUAAUCCUGUCUGUGCAGACUCUCACAGAGGCGAAUCACUAAGCAGGCUUCCCAAAAAAAAAAAAACAAACUGGAACACCAACUGGACGAUGAAACACCUCACUGUAGCUUUCUUACGUAAUACGUCUGGUGUGUGUUUUUUUUUAAACGCAAGUCAGUUCAAUCGCCUGAAUUUUUAAAGCGUUUAUUUAUGAGAAAUAGCAAGGAAUUAUGUGUAGGAUGUUGUGGAUGUAAUGAAAAAUUGCAGAUAGUUUUUUUUUUCCUUAUGGCUGGUGUCUGUUGUCAUUGAGGAAAAGAAUGAGACUAAAACCAUGAACACCUGUAACAGAAAUACAUUCAGAAAUUCCGGGUUUAGUCUGUUUGA